AGAUUUGAAUCCAGUAAUGAGAUUGGUGUUUUUUGUAAACUUACUAAUGCAUAUUGUCUCGUUGGUAUCGGUGCUACAGAAAACUUUUACAGCAUUUUUGAAGCCGAGUUAGCUGAUGCAAUACCUGUUGUUCAUUGUACAAUUGCUGGUACACGUAUUGUUGGUCGUGUUACAGCUGGAAAUCGACAUGGACUUUUAGUACCUAAUGGAACUACGGAUCAAGAGUUGCAACAUUUAAGGAACAGCUUACCUGAUGAAGUAAAAAUUCGGCGAGUCGAUGAAAGGUUAUCUGCGUUAGGAAAUAUUAUUGCUUGUAAUGAUCACGUUGCGAUUGUGCAUGCAGAACUAAGUCCAGAAACUGAAAAAGCUUUAGUGGAGGUUUUGAAUGUGGAAGUGUUCAAAAUGUCGCUUGCUGAUCAUGCUUUGGUUGGUUCUUAUGCUGCAAUCAGUGCUAAUGGUGCUUUAGUUGCCGCAAAAACUCCGCCUGAUACUCAACGAGAGCUUGCUGCGUUGAUUCAAGUUCCAGUUGUUGCAGGGACUGUAAACAGACCGGACAGGUAUUUUUUUAGGGGCUCGGAAUUGAUUGGUGCUGGUAUAUGUGUAAAUGAUUGGAUUGCUUUUGUGGGCGCUGAUACAACGAGUACGGAACUUUCUGUUCUAGAAUCAAUUUUCAAAAUUGGAGAUAAUGCUCCGUCAGCUAUUGGAUCUAAUUUAAGAGAUACAUUAGUAGAAAGCUUCCUGUGA